CAACAGCAGCAACAGCAGCAGAAGAAGCAGCAGAUAUUGCGACUGUAGCGGCAACAAACAGACAUGGCCAGCAAAAGGAUUCGGCCAGAAGAAGAAGAAGGAGGGAAAGGACGAAGGAUGAGCGCCCGCCGACCGGGAGCCGUGCAUACGGCAUUCAAUAUGCUGGCGUUGAGCUGGAUUAUAAUCUCAGAGUUAUUGCUCAGUGUUCACUGCCUAAAGGAUCUGAAGAUAUUUGUACCGGAGGCCGUCAUCAUGGGAAAUGCAGCGACAUUGUCCUGUCAAUACGAUUUGGAGCAGGCGGCGCUGUACGCGGUACGCUGGUACUUCGGACAGGAGGAGUUCUACCGCUACGUUCCCCGCGAAGCCAAGCCCACAUUUGUCUUCGCCGUCGCCGGCAUUAAUGUUGAUCUCGCCAAUUCGGAUGCCACGUCGGUGACGCUGAAGGGUGUCACCCGGGAGCUGAGCGGCAGCUAUCAGUGCGAGGUCUCCGAGGACGCUCCACUCUUCCACACCGAGAUUAGAUCGGCACACAUGCAGGUGAUUGAGCUGCCCAAAGACGAUCCCGUGAUGCAGGUGGACAAGAAGGUGAUUGGCGUGAACGACAACUUCAAGGCCGUUUGCACGGUGGGGCCCUCAUAUCCGCCGGCCAACAUCACCUGGAGCAUCAAUGGACGACAGAUCCACAGGUCGCCGCUGCAACACAUCUCGCACGACGCCUAUGAGGGCUCUGCCACGUACUCCGAGCUGGUGAUGUACCCGCAUAGCCAGGCGCUUCAGGGCUUCUUCGAGGGCAAGUACCAGCUAAACGUAAACCUGCAGUGCGAUGUGACCAUCCUGCAUGUCUUUCACAAGAGUGUCGGGCAGCGGAUCGGUGUAAAUACGGCGCCGCCGACGACCAUAUCGCCGAAUCUGCUGGGACUAGAGGGAUCCAAGCGGUAUGCCAACGGUGAUCCUGACAAUUCAGCGCUAACUGGCGCCUCGCAGCGCUGCUGCAUUUGCUGCGGUGCCUUUGGGGCCAUUUCGCUGGCGGUUCUCACAAUGGCCGUGGCGCAGCUGUGACCGCAGCGUACCGGUUAAAUGGAUCAUAAUGGAACGUAAACGCAGCCGGACAAGUCACCUCCAAGGAUGAAACAGCAGCUCCAGCUGUGUAAUUAAAAAAUAACAAACAAAAUGUGUGCUUAAUUGCAAAACCCAAAGAACAUACGAAUUGCAAAAAUCAAAAGCAAAAACCAAAAAAAAGGAAAAUAUUUUCGGGAGAGGGGAUAAUUGUUGGCGACAGCGACCCUGCAUUGUCAACGCCUAGUAGCAUGUCCUUGUGUUUGAUAUUUUUUUUUAUUUGCCUCAUUCGCCAAACGAGAAAACGACAAAAAAAAGGGAAAACUGGGUCGCAGUCCAUAAGUUCAAAGCGAAGGAAUAUUUUCAAUGCAUUAAUUCUGUUGCGAUGGCUACAUACAAAAUUCUGAUAAUAACAAUACUUUAAACAUAAGUCAGCCGGGCCUGAAAUUUCCACACUAGCUCGGGCAUAGGUCGAAGGAAGGUUAAAUUAAUAAUAGUAAAGGUAAAUAUAUAGCGUAAAUUUAAUGCGUGACACGCGUAAUUGCAUGUUGUGGAUAGAGGCGUGAUGUUAAACUCUUUGCAAAAAAAAAAAGCAAAAAACUGCCUGCAGACAACACAGAGUAUAGGAAAGAAGGAAUAAAAAAAACGAAAACGAAUCCAUAAAUUUAAAUAAAUUAACACAUGCACUUGCAAACAAGACUUGCAAACAAAUUACAUAACAAAGGAAAAACAACAAUUAAUAAGCAUAAGUGACACACAUUUAAAUACUAAGUACACCCUACCCUCCAACUACCGCAGCCUAGGCACAUAAGUUAUGUAAAUAAUAACUGUAAAGAACUAAAGCGAAAAAAUACAAAAACAAAGAAAUAAAUUAUUAAUACGAAACCCUCACAUGGGCAAACAUUAAUUAAAGCUAGAGCGAAGUGUGGAGAAAAAGUUAAAUACAAAACUAAUUAAGUCCUUAUGAAAAAUCAAUGAAAAUGAAUCAAAAAACUCUAAAAAGGAUAUCGGCCAAAUUCAGUUUAAUUGGAUUUGUUUUCAUUUUCAAUUGUGGCUUCUUCUUUGCGCUAUCAUUUUGUCCAUUCUCUGUUAAAUGUUUCAUUUCCGUCGAACGGUUUGUGUGUUAGCGGCAUAAGAUGGACCUUGUUUUAGACUAAAUUUACAUAAAUGCAAAAAUAUAUAUAUUUAUCGAAUAAUAACUGCCGAGGGGAGAGCAUUUAGUGCGUAUAUGUUAGUUGGAUGAUGUUAAGAGUAUAUUCUGCGGAACUAACUAAAAGUAAAUCCAAACUCCUUGGCCAAAGGACUAUUUUUAGAUGUUCAUGCGCAGCGAAAACUCACAAAGAAAACUUCAGGUUGCGUUCGAUUGUGCAUCGCGCUCUGUAUUUCCCAGCUAAGAAACGAACUUUUUGGAAGCCUUUCCAAUUAACAAAGUAAGCCCAAAAAUAUUGUAAAUCAAAAAAAGAACAAGAAAUCUAUAUUAUUUUAGUGAGUUGUGGAAGGCAGGUCGGAAAUAACUGAAACCCAGAACUAAACUUAACUAAACUAAAAGGCAAACUAAUAAUAAAAUGUAAAAUCAAACUUAAAUACAGGAAAACGAGGAAAUAAUACAAACCGAAUGAGAGAACCGAGCAAACGAGUCAACGGGAGGAGGAAAUUAUAUAUUAAAUAUGCAUAAUUAUGGAUAAUUUAAUGCGAGUUAAGCAAAGCCAAAAAGGUCAAACGAAAUCAAACCACACAGAAACCAACAACAAAGUGCACGCCGAUGUGGGCGUGGAAUUUAGCUCAAAAUUAAAUGCGAUAAUGGCAAGAAUUAUAUGACGAAAUAAAUAAAUAAUACAAAAUGUA